AUGACCAAGGUGACUACAACUGGGUUGCUCCAUAGGGGAGAAAAUGGCUUGUUUGGUUCGGCAGACCCCAUCGCUGUGCGCCCGCCGUACUGGGAGCGGCAGGGCAGCCCCAGCCCAGGUCUCUGCCCCAGCCCUUCCCGAAGCAGCACGGCUGUGGCCCCGUCCCACCCCUCGGGGACUGCCGAGGCCAGGCUCCGGAGGAAGUUGAGCGCCUCUACCCAGCCCCCGCCGCCGGCCUGCGGAAGCGGUUCGCUCGGCUCCCCGGGCGCAGGACGCGUGUCGAGGCUCUCGUCCUCGCACCUACCUGCUUUCGGGCUCCACGUCCAUAGCUGCUCCUUUAUAUAUUUGUAUUUCCCCACACUCCCUUUUAAAAGCGACUCGCAGGCAGACCCCGCGGCAGGCGGUACGCACCCCUCCGCGGGCCCUCCAGAGAGAAGGACUGUCAGAAUGAAGGAGGAAGUAAACCCGGAGAUGCAUAUAAAUUACCAAAAAGCAGCAAAAAGGAGUUUUAAAAGCCCCCACUUCUUGAAUUGGAUGAGGAACCUUGUCUACAGAUGUGUAUGCUGUUCCUAUUCAUCAGGAAGCCAUUGGGUCAAGAAAGAAGCAAAGGGCAACAUGCAGAACAGCAACAGACAAAGUAUUAGUAGAAGAACUGUUACAGCCAGUGACUGUCGAGUAAGUUCUGAUAUGCCCUGCCCACUCCGGUCCCGGUCCCGGUCCCUGGCUGAGGUGGGAGGUUCCGUCGCCCCGCUGCCCGCCAUCGGCUGCCGCCUGGCGCUUGCAGGCGGUACCGCAGCCCGCUGA